AUGGCGUCGAGUAAAUUUUUUAUUCUUGCCUUGAUCGCCAAUAUCGACUAUACAUUGGGAUCACACAGCCAUCACCAUAAACAUGCCAAUAUUGCUCCCCAUGCAGAGAGCUUGGAGGCCCGUGACUUGGCUUGGGCUGAUCGUAUCCCGGCUGAUAUGGUGAUUGAGUUUCGCACCCUCACGACAACAGUCUAUGAAGAUUGCAUACCCACAAAUACUAUCUUCGUCACUACAACCGUGAUUGAAGAUGUAAUACUAGAGCCAACCCAUUCUCAACUCGAGCUCACUCAACCAAUAUUGAGCAAGCCUCAGUCUGCGGAGCCCGAAGCGACAACCACAGUGCUCAUGACAAAAACUGUGCUAGACGUUGUAACAGAUAUUCCGAGCACCACACUAACUAACCCAGUCCCUGAAUAUGAGGAUUCGAUUUUCAAGGACCCCAUUGGCAACACUGCGCCGCCUAGAAUUGUCUUAUCGCAAGAGACAGGAACUGGGAUCCACACCUCGACAAAGAUCACCGCCUCAUUACCUGGACACGGCAAUGCGACCGUCAGUGUUGCAAUCGACGUUACAGAGACAGAGCCGGCCAGGGAGGUAGAUAUCGAAAAGAAACCAAUUCCAGAACCCACGCCCACCGACCCUGCACUCAGGAUUUUGCCCACAUUGCCCAAUCUGCCGCAGAUAUUACCCGUGACAGCUAUCCCAAACCUGUCAGACAUAGGCCACGCACUUGAUCCAAACGGACAACCCUUACCAUCCGAUAUUCAAUGGACCACACUUCCAAAGGAUGGUAAGUUCUCGACUAAGAGAUUUGGUGGUCGCAGUGCCCCACAAGGAACACAGAUUAAAUACCGCGGCAACAUUGGAAUUCCCUGGGGAAGCAAUAUCAUAGCCGUUAGUCCCACCGAGGCGCACAGAUACAAGUAUGUCGUACAGUUCCAGGGCUCCAACACAGAUCCAUGGACAGUGAUUGUCUGGAACAAAGUCGGUCCAGAUGGCAAGAUGGAUGGAUGGUAUGGGCAUUCCGCAUUGACAUUCGUGCUUGCGCCUGGCGAGACGAAGUAUGUUGCUUUUGACGAGGACUCUGAAGGUGCAUGGGGCGCUGCACCGGGAACAAACGGUCUUCCGACUGAUCACUGGGGAGGAUAUACGUCUACCUGGGGAGAGUUUAGUUUCGGAGAUAUUGAAAACAGUGGCUGGUCGGGCUGGGAUGUUUCGGCUAUUCAGGCGCAGAUUGCGCAUGGUGAUGUGCAGGGCAUGCGUAUCUGCCAAGCUGAUGGGAAGGGGUGCUCAAUCCUUACGCCAGGAGCCGAAAAGGUGAUUGCUGCUUAUACGGAGUCAAAGAAGCAUCGUGAUGGUAUUGGAGGAGCUGCUUCACCUGGGCCAGUAAGGCUCGUGGCGGAUAUUGAUUACAAGGGGUAG